AUGAAGUCUUCGUUUCACCAAAUCACGGUUCACCGUGAUACAAUCCUUUUGACGGCGUUUGUGACGUCUUCCAGGCUUUUUGAGUGUUUGAAGAUGCCUCAAGGCAGUUCUGCUGCACCUGGGUGGUUUUGCAAGGUUGUCAACGAAGUCAUCAAAAGCCUCCACGGUGUUGCAUCGUACUUCGAUGAUUUGAUCGUUUUCGACGACAACCCUGCUUCUCAUGUUGACACCAUGCGCGCUCUGUUCGAACGUCUGCGUACACACAACUUGAAACUCACCUUACCGAAGGCCACCAUCGGUGGUACAGAAGCGGACUUCCUCGGCCACACCAUCUCCCCCGACGGUAUUCGGCCUAACGGGGUCAAAGUUGCGGCUCUCACCACAAUGCCCACGCCUAAGGAUGUUAAGCAACUUCGCUCUCUUCUCGGCGGCCUCAGCUAUUAUCGCAAGUUCCUUCCCAACAUGGCUACGCGCAUUCAGCCUCUUACCACUCUGCUCAAAAAGCAGGCGACGUUUGUCUUCACCUCUGCCAUGGAGCAAGCUGUUCGCGUCCUGCUAUCUGAGUUGGCCAACCCUCCUGUCUUGUCGGAUAGCUCCAUCCGACCAAUCGUCUUCAUCAGCGGAGCUACUUUGGACUCCGAACGUCAUUGGACUCCCCUCGACCUCGAGGCGGGUAGUAUCGUGUUGUCCAUCAAAAGACUUCGCGGUUAUUUGUGGGGUACGAAAUUUCGCAUUUUUACCGACCACAAAUCUCCUGAGCAUUUUGCCAAGGUGGGGGAGAACAAUGCCCGCGUUCAGCGUUGGCUCGAACUUCUCACCGCCUACAAUUACUCUCUCGAGUACCGCAAGGGUUCACCAAAUGGCAACGCUGAUUUCCUCUCUCGCCUUCCGAUCGAUGCGGCGGAAAGUGACCGAUCUGGUCGCAGUCGCUUGACACCGGAUGACGAUGAGGAGGGCGUGUUCUUCAUCCGUUCUUGUGGCCUUACGCCUUCCGGCCAUCGCGCCGUGGGUGUUGGCUUGGGUGGGCACGUCCCCAAAACCCCGGCUUCGGUCUUGGGUGGGCUGGCCCCCUCUACAGCUGACUUCGUCGACUUCCGUCGGCAUGGUCCACGUCUCUCGCCAUCAGGCCCCUUGUCUCCGCCUGGCAUCUGGAACAUCGCACCCUGGCCGUCCAAGAAACUCCGCGAGUUGCCUCCUUCAAGACUGCAUUUCACCGCCGAAGGCACCGCUGACAUACUUGUCAAUCGGUAUAUCCCUUUGUGGGGUUGCCCUUUGAAUCUCUUGUCUGACAAUGGCUCUCAGUUUUGUUCUAAACUGUCGCAGGCUGUGUGCGCCCGUCUGGCCAUUCGCAAAGUAGCUACUAGCUCUUACCAUCCCAAAGGCAACACAGGUGUGGAGCGUGUCAAUCACACUAUGGCUCAGAUGUUGGCUAUGGUCGUCAACGAGAGGCAAGAUGAUUGGGACAUUCAUCUGCCGCUAACGUACCUAGAAAAGGUAUACCAAAAUAAAAUGGACCCCAAGGGUUAGCAGAGCGAUAAAAUACAAGAAAACAAAAGAAUCAGAAACAAAUAAAUAAAUAAAUAGUGGAACGUGCGCACCACCAGCCUGGGGGGUAGCCUUCCGGAAGGACCCCAAGGAUCAACAGUACGUGCCAGUA